UCUCUGACUCGUACUAUACCUAGUGUAUCUGUAUUGUUUGGUGCCUUUCCUUCAAAAAUAUGGACAGUAUUUUCUAUCAUAAUCAUUUUACUAUCAUUGAAAUCGAAUGAAUUCAGAUUGAAUAUUAUAGUAGACGAAGCUUUUUAGGCGAAAUCUGUAACCUCUACUAUUACGGCUAUGUAGUUACGUGGUAAAUCUUUAGAUCGGCUUUAAAAGCGCUCGCCAUGUCGGGUGCAAAAUAUGAACAGCUGUCGGUCAAGACCGAUGCCGAAGAAAACGAAUUUAUUGCUAAACCUAAAGGCAAAUGGUUUGAUGUUUGUUUUCAAAAAAGUCUCCUUUCCCUAGGAUUGAUACUGCUGUAUUUUUCUCUAUCGAUAGGCCUUACUUUUUAUCAGAGAUGGCUUUUAAAGGACUUUCACUAUCCCCUAACAGUGGUGAUGUAUCACUUGAUAAUAAAGUGGAUACUGUCUGUAUUUGUUCGCAUCAUUUUGCAACUAAUAACUGGGCAGCCGCAACUGAUGCUAUCGUUCUUGACUUGCCUUAGAUCGGUUGGUCCUACUGGUUUAGCUAGUGGGAUCGAUGUGGGCUUCUCGAAUUGGGCUUUGGAAUUGGUUACAAUAUCUUUGUAUACAAUGACAAAGUCAACUACAAUCAUAUUCAUUCUUGGAUUUGCCAUUUUGCUGGGCUUGGAGAAGAAGUCAUGGUCGUUAGUUGGCAUCGUGCUUACUAUCGCAGCGGGUUUGAUGAUGUUCACAUACAACGCAUCUCAGUUCAAUCUGUUGGGAUUUGAUUUUCUUCUACUGGCUUCGUUUGCUGGUGGCCUAAGGUGGACAUUCGCCCAACUCUUGAUGCAAAAAUCCAAGCUCGGCCUACAUAACCCAGUAGACAUGGUUUUUCAUGUACAACCUUGGAUGUUUUUGUCCCUUCUCCCUUUCAUGAUUGCAUUUGAAGGUUUCAAAUGCUUUGAUGAUUUGAUGAGUCUGCCGCCGGGCGAGCUAACACCCACAGUGCUAAAAGUGUCUGUGGGAGCUACGAUAGCAUUCGCUAUGGAGAUCAGUGAGUUCCUGGUUGUUACGUACACAUCUAGUCUUACAUUAUCUAUUGCGGGUAUUUUCAAGGAACUGUGUAUUCUAGUCUUAGCGGUAGAAGUGAGCGGGGACCAAUUGAGUCCCAUCAACGUUGUGGGGCUGGUCCUGUGCCUGACCGGCAUCACUGGCCACAUUAUACACAAAGUCCUAUUUAUAAAAGCGGUGGCUGGCUCGGUCCGGGCGUUGGAGGAUGACGACUUUGUCAAAAUAGGAAGGACCAGAGAACCCAAGAGAAAAGAUGAAAGGCACGAGCCUUUGUUGGACGAUCAGAAGUGGGAAGACGUUCCCAGCGAUGACAGCGACAUUGACAGCAAUGUCGUUAUAUACGAAAUACUACAACGACGAGACGGCAGUUAGAAUAUCGGACGAUUGGAAGUCUAUCACAUUGAACCAUUUCAUAAAUAUUUAUUAUCAACAAACCAAAAGACGUAUUUAUGUGGAUUUUGUAAUUAUAUCUACAAUAAUGAUAAGGCGCUAUAAACAAUAGCACCUAUGUUUUGUAUCUAUUAUCUUUUGUUAUCGCGAAUUUAAGAAUUAUUUGUAUGAUAUAAUGUAAUAAUUGUAUAUAACUACGAAAGUAUUUUAGUAUCUCAAUUUUUUCCAUACACACAGUUUUACACCUGUAUGAUAAUAUUGAAUAUUAAAAUAUAUUCUUUAUUAUAUUAUAACGAUGAUAACUGUUUUAAAAUUGCUGUAAGAGUUGAUUUUGACUGUAAAUUUAUUAAUUAUUUGACUUGUGCUCUAACACUAUAAUAUUAUUAUGACAAAAAUAUCUAUUCACAAUAAAUGAUGUAUAUAUACACUUAUUAUAACUAUAACACGUUACUAAAGCUGGGUUAUUUUCAUGAUUUGAUUCGAAACCUAUGUGUACAUUAUACAUAAUAUAAUACAAGUCAAUAUUCAUGAAUAUUUUGUAUGUAAAUUACAAAAUCCUUACGUAUUUUAAAAAAUAUGUAUUUUAUUUUAAUUGUUAAGAUUAAGCUAGUAUAUUAGUAUUUUUUACUUUUAACUGCAUAAAUCAUUCCAUUUAUGUAAGAAAUGCUAUUAGAAAUAUUUUAUUUAUUAAUUACGAAGAUCAAAGUUUUUUGUUUGUUUUUACGCUUUAGUGUAUUUGUGUAUUAAAAAGUCAAAGUAUGUAUAUUUAAAAAGGCUAUGUAACUAGAUGUUUCAUAUGUUCAUUUUAAUUAUGUUAUUUGUUUUCUAUUGUUUAUUUGUUACAGGGUAUACAAUAAAAUUGUUAUUUCUUUGAAUAAUAUAAUUCUAAUGCCAAGACAAUUAUUUUCAAUUUUUACAAGUCAGGUAAUAGUUAGCUUGUAUACAACAUGUGAUAUUUUUUCUUUUUUUAUUUCUGUUGUAAAAAAAUAUAAUUAAUUAUAAUUGAUAAAUAAUUAUAAUACCAUUACCCAAUCCAUUGUAGAAUUAUAUACUUUUAAUUAUAAUGAAUCGCACAAGCGCACACAUAAGUGUUCAGUAAUACUAGAUUAACAUUAAACUCUACAGUGAGACUAAAAUAAUAAAUUGCAAAUAUUAAACACCAAAAUGAAGUGCAGAUAUUUAGACACUUUACUAGGUGUAGUAGCUUUAUAUAAUAUAUACAGUAGUGUUUUAUAAACCAUUUUAUAUCAACAAAAGUGAAUAUAAAGUCAAUUUGAUAUACAACAAAAUUUAAUCUCUUGGUUAAAUUAUAAUAAUGCAUUUAAACCAUACAUUAUCUAAUUUAGUAAGUGGAUAUAUGAUUCCCAAAUAAAUUAUACGACUAAAGAUAUGUUUUAUAAAAUCUAUAAUCGCAUUUAUAUGAAAUUCGUAAU